AUGCCCGUACAACUCUCCGAAACCGCUCGUAAACAACUCGAUGAGGCUUUGGACGCUUACCCCAAAGCAGGUAAACCCGGCACGGUCGUGGGGAUAGUCAACAAAGAAGGUCAGAUGGUAUACCUUAGGAGUGCGGGGGCCAAAAAUGCAGUUACAGGAGAGAAGCUCGAUGAUGAUACGAUCUUCUGGAUCGCAUCAUGUACCAAGAUGAUCACUGGUAUAGCAGCUAUGCAACUGGUAGAGAGAGGGCUCAUAAGCCUGGAUGAACCCGUAUCGAAAUUCGUACCGGAGCUAGCUGAGAUUCAAGUGGUCACCGAUUCUACUCCUAGAACCCUGGAGACUCGAAAGGCCAAUACACCUAUCACCCUUCGAAUGUUGUUGACACAUACAUCAGGAUGGGGAUAUUCGUGGUACAACCACCAUAUCUUGAAUUGGGUCAAACAGAAUGAUAAUGAGGUGAAUGGACAUGGCUUCUGGGUUGAAUUGAACAAUAAGACUAACGAGGUGGGUUUGUUUUUCUUGCAGUUCAGCGGCAAGCAAUUGGAAAUGCCCCUGGUCAAUGAACCCGGUACGAAAUGGGAGUACGGUAUUAAUAUGGAUUGGGCUGGUAUCACCGUUGAGAGAGUAUCAGGACAAAAGCUUGGUGAUUACUUCAUCGAGAACAUCUUCAAGCCAUUGGGAAUCGAUGAUUCGUACUUUGACUUCAAGGAACGACCUGACCUUUUGAAGAGACUUAGUCCAAUGCAUAAAUGGGACGCGGAGACGGACACAUAUUCCAUCCGGGAUUUCCCUCAUCUGCUCGUAGAUACACCAAAUCACCGAGGAGGUGGUGGUCUCCAUACCACCGCCAAGUCCUACCUUACUGUCGUAUCGGUACUUCUCAACAAGGGUAAAGGCCCCAACGGUGCUCAAAUUCUCAAACCGGAGACCGUUGAAUAUAUGUUCAAGGAUCAUUGCGAGAAUAUUCAGGAUAAAGGUGGAUUAGGAACUCAUGCAGUGGUCAAGAGCACUGAUCCUUCUAGGGCGAACACUGACCUUGAGAUGCUUGCUGGUAUCAAGAAGGGAUGGGGACUGUCUUUCCUCCUCAACACUGAGGAUAUCCCAAAUGGUCGAAAGGCAUUUUCAGCAGAAUGGGGUGGUGUUGCGAACCUGUUCUGGAUGGCGGAUCCUACUUCUGAGGUGGGAAUGAUCAUUUUCAACGAGGUGUUACCUUAUGGAUACCCCGAAUUCUUCCAAAUGGAGGAGCAAUUGCAACAUAUCGUCUACUCGGAUGGCGGUCUUGUCAAGGUAUAG